UGGUCCCUGCGGCUUUCCGUAGAUCAGGGCCUGGGUGUAGCUCCCUGUAGCUGCGUAGGAAGCAGGUACAAAACACCACUUCAGCCAGAGAGCCCGGAGGUGUCUCUUAUAUAAAGAAAAACGUAAUAUAACGCGUACAACAUGCACUCGGUCACGCUGGACAGCAGUGGUUCACCGAAGAAGCGCUCAUUUUCUCGGGGAAUGAGCGAGGACGAGUCUCUGCGCAGUAUUAUCAAAGAGACUGACAGCUCGUCCAGACGUGUGACAAGAAGCGACAGCAGAGCGAGCAUCCUGAAGAGGAGGAGUGACAGCCAGCAAUCUGAGCAGGACCUCUUCAUGGGACUACCAGAAAUGCUAGAGCUGCAGGCCAGCUAUGAAGAGGCGGUGCAAGAGCUGCGUGGGCUGGAGGUCGAGCGAGAGGCUCUGUUGUUCCAGGUGGACGUCCUGCAGGACACGCUGGAGGGUGUAGAGGAGCUGCUGGCUGAAGCCCAGAGAGAAGCUGGACAGGCUAGUUUGGAGUUGGAGCAAGAGAGGGAGGCCAAAAGGAAACUGGAGAGCAUGGUGCACUCUUUGAUGCAAGAAGUGGAAAGAUUAAAAGAGGAAAGGAAUAACGAACUACCAGGUCCAGGAGGCGAGCCGGCUAAAGCAGCAACGCAGGGACACCAAAUAAGAAAUGAUGCCAACAAAGUCGAGAGCUUCUCCUCUCACAGCAGCAAAGAUGGAUUGGGAGCUGCAGUGCAAAGAGGACAGAGUGAAGGCACAGAGGAGAAGCAAUGGAGAAUGGUAAAUAAGCCCAUGUGUCACCAGCCUUCUCUUGCGCUGGACAGCCUGGUCGCUGAGGAUGGGGUCCACCAGAGACCUUAUGAAAAUGGGGCAGCAGAUGGACAAGAUCCCCUGCCGGAUGAAAACGACUCGGACAGCAUAAGUGCCUACAAGGAUGCAUUCGAUGAGACUCCAGAGCAGGACAGGAUCUUUCCAGGUGACGGAGAAACUUUGGAGCUGCCUCACGAUUCAGAGAACACAAAGAAAAGCCCGACUAAUAACGGAGAAGCCCUCAACAGUGAGGUCGAAGGCAAAAUCAAUGAAAGCUGCAUUUUGUCUUAAAUUGAUGUUUCAUCUACUACUGAGUAAGGUCAGAGAUAAAAUAGUUAAUGACUUGAUAAAAUCCAGCAGCAUUUUGAUUUGAAGUUUGACAUUUCUAUUCUUACAAAAAUCAGUUGAGAUUAGAUGUUUCUAGUUAAUAGUUUGACAUUUUAUGAGAAAAUGAUUAGUAGAGUAACUGUGGAAAUAAUUGGCAGCUUAAUCUGUAAUGAAAGUUGAAAAGAUUAGUUCGAGCCCUAGUUAUGAAACACUGUAGUAGAAGUUACAUUUUUAAAAAUUGUGCUGAACGAUCUCAGGUUUACAAGCUGAAAUUUUGCUGACUACUUUAUGUUAUUUGCCAAUCAUUUAAUUCAAGUCUUAAGUGUUUGGGUUUUGUUUUUGUUUUUUUAAUGCACGUGGCAAAACAUGGAACAUACUCCAUGUUGCUUUGACUGUUUACCUUUUUGAUUUUAAGAAGGAUAUUUUAUACACAAGCAGCAGUCAAGACAAAAGUCACGAUUUAUCUGUCUCGGUAAGAAUCUCCACAGCAGCUGUUUUAGCUUCAACCAGAAGAAGACAUUACAAACACAGAGAGGUUUCUUUUCUGUGAAGUUAUUGUUAACUUAAAUUUGAUCAUAAGGAUUUUAAUUGGUCUGUGUUGUUGGUUUCUCUCAUGUUUUUCUUGGACUUGGAAGUCUGGUGAUUUCAAAUAGGCAGUCCAUUUAUUCAAAGCCUCAAAGUCUUAACAUUUUUUAUGUGUUUUUAUUAAAAAGAAUAGAC